GACGAUCAUAAAGAUGACAGAUCGAGAACUGCAACUAAACGUAUUUUUAAAAGAAUCUGAAUCUUAUAAAGACCCUGGUGUAAAGAUACGGCGAAAAAAAGUUAAGCCAAAUGUAAGAAAGAAAGGAAAAGGAUUUUUCAAUACAUCUGUGACCAAACCAACACACGACAGAGUACAGAAAAAUGUGGAAUUCCAACAGCCUGAACAAAAUGUGGAUAAUGACAACGAGAAGAAGGUACAGGAAGGAAAAGUCAAUGAGACAGAAGGACAACAAGAGGGUCUCAAACGUAAAUUAUCACAGUCUGUAACAGAUAAUGAUCCUGCUAAUAAGAAACAGAAGACAGGUCCCAUCAUCUCCUCUCUCUUCACCUUCAACCCUUACAUCCCACAGGUGGAAAGUGUGUCUCAGGAUCAGAUCAAGGAAGUCCUGUUCUCUUCCAAAACAUUUAAGGACCUAGGCAUCCAUCCUCAUCUGAUUAGCACUCUAGAAAAUAAGAUGGAGAUCACACAGAUGACCAAUGUCCAGCAGAAGUCCAUCCCCCAUAUAAUGAUUGGUGCUGACACACUGGUUAAAUCACAGACAGGCUCAGGGAAGACUCUAGCCUUUGCUGUUCCAAUAGUCCAGGCUUUACAGAAUCUGACUCCAAAGGUCAAACGCAGUGAUGGCCCCUAUGCACUAAUAGUUGUUCCUACCAGAGAGUUAGCUGUACAGUGCCUGAAGACAUUUGAGAACAUUCUAGCACCGUUUAGAUGGAUUGUGCCAGGAUGCAUUAUUGGUGGGGAAAAACGGAAAGCAGAAAAAGCCAGAUUGAGGAAGGGUAUCAAUAUCCUGGUCUGUACCCCUGGCCGUCUCAUUGAUCAUUUAAGGAGUACAGACUGCCUAAGUCUAAGACGAGUACAGUGGCUAGUUUUGGACGAGGCUGAUAGGAUGCUGGACAUGGGAUAUGAGAAGGAUGUAGCCCAGAUAAUCAACUCCCUGAACAUGGCCCGCUCAGCUCAGUUAUCUCGAGGACUGGUCAAGACUGAAAGUCGGCCAAGACAGACAGUACUAUUGUCAGCUACUCUAACAGAUGGAGUAGAGAGAAUGGCUGGAAUUUCAUUGACCGAUCCUGUCCGAGUUGAUCUGUCCCAGACAGACAUUACAUCAGACCAAAGUCAAACAAGCAAUUCAGAAGAAACAUCAGCAGAGGUGUCAUUUAGUGUACCAGAGAAUCUUAAACAACAUUUCGUCAUCACUCCCUGUAAAUUGAGACUGGUGACCUUGGCAGCAUUCAUAAUACAAAAGUGUAAGGUGAAACAGAAGACAGGGAAGAUGCUUGUUUUCCUCCCUACCCAAGAUUCAGUCGAGUUCCACUACACCAUCUUUCAUCAUUUUUGGGGGGGAGGUAACUCUGUACCUGAUGUUCUUGGUGACCUUGACCUAGGACCUAAGAAGAAGGAAAGUAAUUACCUAGAUUUUUUCAGACUGCAUGGAGAAAUGGCACAGAAGGAUCGAGCAAGUGUCUACCAGAAAUUUUCAAAAGCAAAUUUUGGAAUUUUAUUUUGUACGGAUGUGGCCUGUCGCGGUCUUGAUCUGCCAAAUGUGCGAUGGAUUGUGCAAUAUUCACCACCAGGGUCAACGAGUGACUAUAUUCACAGAAUUGGCCGUACAGCCCGCGCAGGGAAGCAAGGACACUCAUUGCUGUUCCUCAUGCCCUCAGAAGUAGAAUAUGUGCCUCGUCUCAACAAAGACAAGAUUAGCCUAGUGGAGCUACAGAUGAACAGGUUGCUGGAAAGUUUACUUGGUGUGGUGACAGACCUUCAAGACAUUAAUGACCAGAGGGAGCUGCCAAGAACUGGUGAGGAAGCAGCAACAUAUUUUCAGAUGUGCGUGGAAGACUACAUCAAUGACAACACUAAAAUGACAGAUUUGGCCGUAAAAGGUAUUACUAUUGUGUUGAAUUCCUGGCUCUAUAUACCAGGGUUUCAGUCGUUUGUGAAAGCAUAUGCUACCUACCCAUCAGAGCUGAAGUCCGUCUUUCAUGUGAAGCACCUUCACUUGGGCCACCUUGCUAAAAGCUUUGGUUUGAGGGAGUCGCCAUCAAAGAUCAAACAUCCAGCUGGGAAGUCACACAAUGAUAAACAGGGACGACAGGAUACAUCAAGGUUAAAGUUCAAAAGAAGAACUGUGUCAGAGUUCGGCAGUGGUCUUGAAUCAAACGCACUUCCGAAGUUUAAAAAGGAUCUAAAAAGAAAAAAAAAACACAAAUUGAAUAAAUAAAGUUAGGUUUUUACAAAA